UCACCUUCUCCAACACUGCUCGGGUGUCGGUAGUUCAAUCGUUUGGCCUGAACAGGGUAGCUGAGGAAAAUACCAGUAUGGCAACAUCUGCUGAUAAAAGCCACAGUACCAUGUGGGCACGAUUUCACAGUGAAUCAUCAAAUAAGGUUGUAAAACUGCUGAGAAAAAGUAAAAGUAUGGAUACAUUGCUGGAAACCUCAAAUUGGACACUGAAGGAUAUCCCAGAAUAUGAUACAGUUGGGACCUUACUCCCUACAUCUUUACCAACGGUGCCACUUACAAAAUGGGAAGCUCUGCUUCAUCAGCAUGGGGAAGACAUUUUCUCAUAUCCCAAAAGGAACUCCACUGCCAGUAGGAGCUGCCCAUCACUUCUGUGCAGGCCAGAAUCUGCUGCAGACUUUACAGUACACUGUGUUGUCCAGUCACGCAGUGCAGGCAUUCCAGGUAUUUCCAUUCAAGCUGACAGUGUUUCUAGUGAGGAAACAAAUCGAUUUGGUGAUGAAGAGGAGGGCCAUUCUCUGCAAACCACCAGAUGUACAGAAGAUAACAGUAAAACACAAAUGGAUGUAAAUCAGAAAGAUGAAUUCUUCUCUUGGGCUUUGGAACGAGCUGAAAGUUCAAAUAUUAAAGAUCAAAUCUUUGAAGAAUUUUCAAUGGAAGAAAAGGAAGGUUUGAUUUUGGAAAAUGACUACUUGAGCCCACCAAUGACUGUUAAUCAACCGGUGAAUCAAAGACCUAAAGGAGGAGCUGAAGAUUUGAAGGAAACUAUGGCAGGGAAAAGCAUCAUCCAUUCAGAGUAUUUUGACAACAAGGAAAAGAAGGAUCAAACGUGCCAACAGAUGGAUAUAAUUGUAAAACCCGAACAUCUUGAACAGAUUGGAAGCAUGGAAACAUUUGAAUAUUCGUUCGCUAAAUCUAAAGGAAAGUCUUACUGUACAGAGGAAGAAAUGAAACUUGUGGUGAAGGAUAAAUCUCAGAUUGACAACAAGAAUACACAAUCUACGUUUACUCUAGAACACUAUCAGGGAUUGGAUGUAGACCUUAAGUAUUCUGAGGAGCUGUUUGAUGAAAUUGAUGAUGAUGAAGAUGAAGAAAGUACUGAAAUGGAGACACAAACAAUAUUAUGCCUACCGUUUUUGUGUUGGAAAAGAAGAAAUAAACAUGAGGAAGAAGAAGAGAAGAAGGGCACAAGCUGCUUUGGGAGAUAACUUCAUGCCUGUAGAGACAUUUUGUUAGAAUGGAACUAAUCAACCUGUUUUAUAAUAAGUGGAGUUCUACAAAAUCUGUUGUAAAUUGU